AUGAGGAUUGAGGAACUUAUCCUCGAAGGCUUCAAGUCGUACCCCGUACGUACUCAAAUCACCGGAUGGGAUCCUUCUUUCAAUGCGAUAACCGGCCUCAAUGGUUCUGGCAAGUCGAAUAUACUCGACGCGAUAUGCUUCGUACUAGGAAUGACCAAUAUGUCCCAGAUGCGCGCGCAGAACCAGCCGGACCUAAUCUACAAACGAGGGCAGGCUGGCAUUGCUAAGGCUAGCGUUACAAUCGUCUUUGACAACUCGGACCGCGAGAAGAGUCCGGUAGGGUACGAGCAAUUUAAGCAGAUCACCGUUACCCGUCAAAUCGCCCUCCCCAACGUCACGAAAUACCUGCUGAAUGGCCAUAAAGCCCAGCAGCAGGCCAUUCACACCCUAUUCCAGGCCGUUCAACUCAAUAUCAACAACCCGAACUUCCUUAUCAUGCAGGGGAAGAUCACAAAGGUUUUGAACAUGCGACCGCAAGAGAUUCUCGGUAUGGUUGAAGAAGCCGCUGGUACCCGUAUGUUCGAAGAGCGCAAGGACAAAGCACAGCGAACCAUGGCCAAAAAGGAAAAGCGCGUCCAUGAGAUCACUUCCCUGCUAGCCGAGGAAAUUUCGCCCAAACUCGAGAAACUUCGGCACGAGAAGCGGUCCUUUAUCCAGUACCAGAAGGCGUGCGAUCAGUUAGAACAUUUAGGGCGUGUGCUAAGGGCCUGGGAAUGGGUCACUGGGAAUGAGAGGAUCGAGAGCAAGAGUCGGGAAAUCGCAGAGAAAGAAGCGUUGGGGAAAGAAAUUGAACGGGACAAGAAGAAGUAUGCUAAAGAAUGCGCGGAGGCGGACAAGGCGAUGCAGAACGUGGCCAAGAAGAGGGACGAAGAGAUGAAGAAAGGUGGUAAGCUGAAGAAGCAGGAGGAAGAGGUCGCGGAGCUGGACAAACUCCUCGUCAAGUUAAAGACGAAUGUAGACAUUCAGAACGGGAAUGUGAAGGACGAAGAGGAGCGCAUCAGCACCCUCGAGGGUGAACUCAAAGAACUUGAGAAUUCCCUAGUCGAAAAGCAGAAGGAGGUCGAAUCUAUCACGGCUGCCUUCAAGAUUGUCGAUGACGAGCAUAAAUCGCGUCAAACCAAACUCACAAGCGCAGAGGAACUCCUUCAAUCACUCCUGACAGGGCUCUCUUCAUCCAACCGAAAUGGUGGUGGUGGUGGAUAUAUGGGGCAGCUCGCCGACGCGAAGGCGCGUAUCGCUCAGGCAGCCGCCGAGGAGGAACAGUGCCGCGUGAAGUUGGUUAUGCACGAGAAAGAGCUCAAAGCUUUGGGGGCACGAUGGAAGAGUAUGGAGAAGGAGGCGAAGGAUGGCGAGAAGCAGCUAGAGAAGAAGAGGCGAGAGGUCGAGGAGGUAACGGCGAAAUUGGCGGCGUGUGGGUGGGACGCGGAUAAAGAAAACGAGGGCGAGGCGAAUUUGAGAAGGAUUCAAGGGGAGUUGAGAGGAUUGAAAGAUAACCACGAUCGUCUUCUUUCCAACUUAUCUCAGCUUGCGUUCAACUACACCCCGCCUUACCCCAAUUUCCCCACCUCAGCCGUCCUCGGCCCGGUCGCAUCCCUGAUAUCGCUCCCACCUGAGCAGCACAAGAAAGCCUUCGCGCUAGAGAUCUGCGCUGGGGGUAAACUAUGGCAAGUCGUAGUGGAAGACGAACGCGUAGGCAAGGAGGUCUUGGAGAAAGGUAACUUGAGAAAGCGCGUGACGAUGAUCCCGCUGAACAGAGUUCGGCCAAUGAGGUUGUCCGCUCAGAAACUACAAGCCGCCAAUCGCCUUACUCCGGGUAAGGUCGACGCGGCACUGUCCCUCGUCAAUUACUCCGAACGUGUCGAGCCGGCCAUUGCACACGUCUUCUCUGAUAAUCUCAUCUGUUCCGACACGGCGACUGCCAAGGCCCUGACCUUCAACAACGCCGUCGGCGUACGUUCAGUCACUCUUGACGGAGACAUCUACGAUCCUUCGGGGACGCUUACUGGGGGUUCAGCCCCCGCUUCAAGCAACAAUAUACUAAUACGAGCUGGGGAAUUGGGGGAGUGCAAGAGGAAGAUGGAAGCGAAGGAGGAAGAGUUCAGAGUAGCCGGGAAUGCGUGGGAGGGAGACGCCGGCCGGAGGAAGAGAGAUGUGUGGAAGGCGCUGGCCCGGGAGAGGGAAAUGAAGGAGCACGAGAUGAAGUUGUUAGUCGAGCAAGUCGAGAGCAGCAACGCGGCGAGGCUUGGAACCCAGAUCGAAGAGCUAAAGCAAACCAUCCUCGAUCUCCAGAAGGCCCUUCAAUCUGCCAACGACAUUCAGAAGGAAGCGAAGGAAGAGUGCAAGAAGCUCGAAAGAGACAUGGCGGAGUUCAAGGAUAACAAGGAAGGGAAGAUCGAUGAGCUCAAGGCCGAUAUAGCCAAGCAGAAGAGCACCUUGCAAAAGCACUCUGUGGCAUUAAAGACCCAGCAAAAGGAUCUCCAGACGGCAAAAUUGGAGCUCGAACAGAUAGAGGGCGACAUAGAAGCUGCUCAAGCAGGGAUAGUGGAGGCACGAGCGGGUGUCGAGAAGAUUCAGAAGGAGAUAGGUAAACUCGACAAGGAGUACAAGAAGACCGCUGCCCUCCACGCUGCCGCCGAAGAGAAAUUACUUGAAGAGCGUGCUACCCUUUCCCGCUUCGACAACGAAUUGAAGGAGCUUGAUCAAGUCAUCAGGUCGAAGAAGGAGGCCAUUUCAGAGGCCGACCUCCAGCUAAAGAAAACCGAGCAUGAACUUCAGGCGCUGGCUAAGGAGAAGGCCGCGGCCACCAACAAAGUCGCCGAUCUAGAGCAGCAGCACCCAUGGAUCGAGGAGGAUAAAGAAACGUUCGGCAAGCCAGGUUCCCCGUAUGACUUCAAGUCCAUGGAUAUGAAACAACAACGCGAAGAAGCGCGGAAGCUGGAAGAGGCACAAAAGGGUAUGAAGAAGAAAGUGAACCCCAAGGUUCUCAACAUGAUCGAUAGUGUCGAGAAGCGGGAGACAUCGCUUAAGAAGAAUCUAGCGACCGUCAUGAAGGACAAAGAGAAGAUCGAAGCCACCAUCGCGGAACUUGACAGAUACAAGCGUGACGCCUUACAGAAGACGUGGGAGAAAGUAGACGGUGAUUUCGGGGGAAUAUUCGCCGAGCUUCUUCCAGGCAACUUCGCUAAACUGCAGCCACCGGACGGUCAAGACCUCAUGGACGGACUCGAGGUCAAAGUAAGGCUCGGCAGUGUCUGGAAGCAGAGCCUGACGGAGCUGAGUGGCGGGCAGCGGUCGCUCAUCGCGCUCUCCCUCAUCAUGGCCCUGCUCCAAUUCAAGCCCGCUCCCAUGUAUAUCCUCGACGAAAUCGACGCCGCCCUCGAUCUCUCCCACACCCAACACAUCGGCCAGCUCUUCCGCACUCGCUUCAAGGGCUCGCAGUUUAUAGUCGUGUCGCUGAAGGAAGGGCUGUUCACGAACGCGAAUGUGCUGUUUAGAACCAGAUUCAACGACGGUAUUUCAAUCGUCGAGAGGACCGCGCAUCGGUCCACGUCGGCGUUGUACAACAACGGGCAGGAAGACGACGAGAACGCUGGCAACGGAAGACGAAGGAGAAUAGCGACAGCCUCAUGA